AUGGCACCACCACCAGAACCUCCUACAUCGAUCACACUACGCGUCAAGGUCCCUCCAGGACACGUACCAGGCGGCGCUGAUGAAUUCACGCUGGGGUCAGAUAUUGCGGUUGCAUCCAAGGUCGGGCAAAUAAGAGAACGGAUCCAAGAGGCGAUUCCAUCAAGUCCAACACCCGAGCGACAACGAUUACUGUACGGCGGACGAGCACUCGUGGACAACGAUCAAACGGUAGCCGAUGCGUUGAACAUUCGAAGGGACCCGUCACAGACAGAGUAUGUGAUACACCUUCUGGUUAAAGGCGAUGGUGCGAAUGUAAAUCCUGUCCCGCAUCGUACGGGCAUGAGAACGCCAGGCAGGUCUGCAAGCCCUGCCGCUGCUGCUCAGCCUGCAGCAGGUCCUCCAACUGCAGCAGCACCACCACAACCGGCACAGAAUGCGGCUCUUCCACAAAUGCCGAAUCCACAGCAGCUUCAUCAUCAGUUGCACCAGCAGGCUGUUCAGCAACAAAUGCUGCAGCAACAGGCCGCGAUGUUCGCUCAACAACGACUGCAUGCUCCUAUGUUCCAGAAUCAAGGUUUCCAUCAGCCCAUGAUGCCGCUUGGGAUGCAACCUUUCGCAGGUCACAUGCCUGGAAUAUUCCCGCCAGGAAAUGGCAUGCCGGCGCAGCACUUUCAUGCUCAGGGCCACCAGCAACCAGCACAUGUCAACAAUCAGCACGCGGCAGUGCCACAAAACGUGGAAAAUGGCACUCCGCAAGACAGCCAAACUCAGAAUGAACAAAACAAUGGAGCAGCACAGUCACAACAACCACCACCGAGAGUCACCACUCAUCAGAAUGCCCACGGCCAUGACGUGCAGGUCAGGAUCCAUCAGACCGUUCGCAUUCCCAAUCCUGCCUUACAAACGCAGCAAAGACCACUGGGUUUCCCUAAUCUACCUCACUUGCCUGCGCAAGGAGUACCAACUCCACAGGCCAACGCAAAUGGUCGCUCAGCUUUGGACCAGGCGAGAGAGAACAUGACCGAAAUGCAACGACUCAUCGACGAAUUACGCAACACCGCUACCAUUACAGAAUCACAGCAAGCGCAAUUGCAGUCCCUUGAGAGGAUAUCGCGCAGUGUCAAUGACUACAUCGAUCCUUUCCGAGUUGGCAACAAUCGAGCAAGAUCAAACUCGCCAGUCCCUCCCAUUCCUCCAAACGGGCGUUUGCCCCCGAGGUCACCUUUCGAAGCCCAACCAAGUUGGCAGCAACGAGCGCAGCAGAUACGGCAAACGCAGCAUCAGGCUCCGAAUCCGAGCUCACAAGACGUCACAUGUUACCUCUUGUCCUCGCCCAGUGGCCCGCAAGCUCUUCUCUACUCUCCCCAGCACGGCCUGUAUACCGUUCAGAUGCCUUCGGGCGGAAGUGCCACUUUACAGCCCACUCCAACAGUACCAACCGGUGCCUCCAAUGGAAAUGCAACUAACACCGCAGCCCAGCCGAAUCAACAAGCAGCUCAACACCAAGGUGAAGGAGGCCAGCAGCUACAAGCACAAGUGCAGGGCCAAGCUGCUCAACAAGACCCACUCGGCCCUCUGGGACCUAUUAUGGGACAUCUAUGGCUGCUUCUCCGAGUGCUCAUCUUCGCCUACUUCCUACUAGGUGCGAACAUGGGUUGGAGACGUCCUUUGGCGUUGUUCGCCAUAGGAAUGGGAUUCUGGAUGAUCCGAAUGGGCUUGCUCGGCGAUGGCGGCGCGCUGAGAAGAUGGUGGGAUGGCAUCAUGAAUGAUGGACGAGCACCACCCGCGCAGCAACAAGGACAACAGGGCCAGAACCAGCAGCAAGGACAGCAGCAGGGGCAACCUCCGGCUGCCAAUGCUAGACCUGGGCAAAUGCCUACACCCGAACAACUUGCACAGCGACUACUGGAUGAGGAUGCUCGAGCUCGGGAUCAGGCUCGAGACCAGCGCCUCCAAUGGGUGCGCGAGCGGAUUCGUCCGGUUGAGCGAGCUAUAGCACUGCUUGUGGCCAGCUUGUGGCCAGGAGUUGGUGAGGCUUACGUCCGGGCUCGAGAGCAAGAAGAGCGCCAGCGAGCUGAAGAAGAGAUUGCGGCAAGACGACGAGAGGAAGAGGAAAGGCAGAAGAAGGAAGAGGAAGAGAAGCAGAAGAACGAGGGUAGUGGCACUGAUGAGAAGGCUGUAGAGCCAGCUGAGACCGAAGCGACCGACGCUGGUGCAAGCACUCAGGCUGGCAGUGAGCCGGUCGCCCAAAGUGUUGCUACUAGCGCUGCUUAG